AUGGAAGAAGAAGAGAAAGACAUUGAAACAGAAUCAGAAGUUAUUGACGAAACCGACGGAAUAACAGAAUAUGCAGAAGAAAUCAAGAAAAAGAGGCAAUUAAGAAAAGAAGCCGAGGCUGAAGAAAAGGAGAAAGAGUUGCGGCAUCUGAUCGGUGAGAUCAAAAAGAAAACGGACGACGAUGAGUCCGAGGAAACACCGAUCACACCGGAGGACGAAAUCACCGUGAGCGACCGAGUAUCCACCGAGAGCUCGAUCCAUCCGUGUUUACGCGAAAUAGAUAUCAGCGAUUCCCAAUUAAAACUAGUGAAUCCGUAUACGGUGUAUCAAAUACCGAACGAUCCCGGAUUACUACCAGCUUUCUGGAUAUUGCAUGACCCUCCGCCAAUUUACAGCGCGGAUGGAGUGCAGAAAUUCUACGACAUAGUGAAGCAUUGUGGUCUGCGGUCGAUUAGUUCGCUAGGAAAAAUGCUCGUAAAUGAUCAACUAAAUUUGCAACACUACGGGCUCGAAUUGUCGGUGAUAAGAGCGAUUUGCGAAGCUCUGGAAGAAAACCCUUAUGUGCAAACGGUAAAUCUCAAGGGCAACAAACUAUCCUCGGAAGUAUGCAAAUAUCUAAACAAUUUGUUGCUUAAGAACACUAUAAUAACCAAUCUGUCGUUGUCGGGUUGCCAAAUCGGCGCGAACGGUGCAAGUAGAUUAUCCGAUGCGAUAUCGACGAACACAACUCUAAAGACGCUCGAUCUCAGCAGCUGUCACAUUGGAAACGAGGGCUUCGAAUACAUCGCGUCUGCAUUGUCUGAUAAUCAAAGCUUGGAGAGUGUUAAUCUAUCUGACAAUCAUCUGGAUGAGACGUGUUCCGAAAAUUUGCAUAAUCUACUCUCGUACUCCCAAUUUUUGACACAUCUGGACUUGUCCUGGAACUCUCUAUAUAGCUCUGAAACUUGGAAAGCUCUUAUCAGUGGGCUAAGGAAAAAUCAGACACUAAAUUCUCUGAAUUUAUCUUGGAAUGGACUUAAUGAACACUGCGUGCCUUAUCUGCAUAGAUUAUUAGUACGUUCACAAAGCCUCGAGAAGCUGGAUUUAAGCUGGAAUAGAUUUACCGAAAAAGAUGCUGUAUCCAUCGCGACAGGACUAUCGAAAAAUAGAACGCUUCAGGAAUUAAAUCUGGGAAACAAUCCUUUAAGAGCGCAAGGUGCUCUAGCUUUGAUACAUGCAAUCACACCGCAAGUAUCACCUAACAGUGUGUUAUAUCUUUUGGACUUGGAAAAUGUUUGGGCGAAUAAGGAUGUUCUUCAAGAAUUGGAGGAAAUCGAAAAGGAUAAACCAUGGGUUGUCAUCAAGUUGGGUGGUAUUCUGAGCAAUUACAAACUUGUUGGACCAAAUGUUAGAAGAAUACUUCUGAAAAGAGCGAAUUAUGAGACAAUGCCACGGAAACAUAAUCAUCGAUAUGAUUUUGGCCACUUUGUGAGAUCGCUGACAAAUAAAAAAAUUUUGCGAGCAAAAUUUGUAGAGCUGGUACAAAAAUUUAAACUGAAGCUUUCGACAUCACUCCUCAAUGAGAUUAUGAAUGCAUUUGAAGGACCACAAAAUACUGUCGAUCAAGAGCUAUUAAAAUCAAUUUAUUUCCAAGAAUUUCCGGAAACUACAGCGUCAUUACCAAAAUUGAAUGAAAACAAAGGAAAUUUAAAUCAUAAAAAUAAAUAG